AUAUGAUGAUAGAACAUGGGUCAGAUUUGUAACGCAGAACAAACACUGGGCAAUUUAGUCAAUUCACUACAUCCCGCCUGAAUAAAUCUUUAUUCGCCGAUUUUAAUAUCAUCAUCAUCCCAACGAACCCCAUUUGUUUUCGCCUUCAAUUCACGUAAACGGUUACACUCUUCUUCUCGAAUCCUUUUGACUUUAUUCUCUCUGCAAUUAGGGUUUCAUUUCUCCCUUCACAUGAAUCUCGUCAAUUUCCUCUGAAUUCAGCUUCAAUGGCGACAAUUUGCGUCAAACAGGAUCACCGAUUUCUUCUUCUAUACAUUUUAAUCAUUCUUUCUUGUUGCGCAAGGAUCUCGGUUUUUGCGAGAUCUGAUAAGGAAACUAGAGAACGAUUUUACGGAAGUUUGGUGAACUCGUCGGCGCCGGAGUCCGGCGACGGUAGUAUCGCGAAGAUGUUCGAUCGAGUUUUGGAGAAAGAGUUUUCGGAGAAUGAGUCUACUGAUGGUUCUGCACAAAGCAGUUUCAAUAACAGUGUUGCUGAUCAAGAAGCUGUAUUGGAGACUGUUGCUAAAAUCACUCACGAAAAGACUAAGACAAACGACACUCAAGAGGCAACCGAAGAUGAAGGCACGCAAACACUAAUAGACAAACAGGACAACGUGUUUGUGAUAUCAAACAAGAAAUCUAAAUAUCCAAUACUUCAAGUAGAUGUAAGGCUGAUUUCAGAUUUGGUGGUAAUCAUUGUUUCUGCUGCGAUUGGUGGAAUCAUCUGUUCCUGCCUUGGGCAACCGGUUAUUGUUGGAUAUCUUCUUGCGGGUUCCUUGGUCGGACCUGGUGGCUUGAAAUACGUUAGUGAGAUGGUACAGGUUGAGACGUUUGCGCAGUUUGGUGUGGUGUUCCUAUUAUUUGCUCUAGGACUCGAGUUUUCUAUGCCAAAGCUAAAAGCUGUGGGUCCUGUAGCUGUUCUUGGAGGUUUACUUCAAAUUCUUAUUCUUAUGUUUUUGUGUGGAACAAUGGCUAUGUUAUGUGGAGCAAAGCUGUCAGAGGGUGUUUUUGUUGGUUGUUUCUUGUCAAUGUCAUCAACAGCAGUGGUGGUGAAAUUUUUGGUUGAGAAAAAUAACAAUAACGCUCUUCAUGGUCAAGUCACUAUUGGGACACUCAUUUUUCAGGACUGUGCUGUUGGUCUACUAUUUGCUUUGCUUCCAGUUCUUGGUGGCAACAGUGGGAUUAUACAGGGGAUGGUCUCAAUGGGAAGAGUGCUGAUGACUUUAUCAACAUAUCUCUUUGGUGCAUCACUUUUGACAUGGUUAUUCAUUCCCCGGUUCCUCAAGCUAAUGAUGAAACUAUCAUCUCAAACGAAUGAACUCUACCAGCUAGCUGCCGUGGCCUUUUGCUUAUUAUCUGCUUGGUGCAGCGACAAGUUGGGGCUAAGUCUGGAGCUGGGUUCUUUUGUGGCUGGUGUUAUGAUCUCUACUACAGAUUUUGCACAGCAUACUUUAGAUCAGGUGGAGCCUAUACGCAACUUAUUUGCAGCUCUUUUUCUAUCUAGCAUAGGAAUGCUGAUACAUGUACAGUUUUUGUGGACUCAUGUGGAUAUACUACUAGCAUCUGUUAUUUUGGUUAUAGUUGUUAAAACUACCGUCUCUGCCCUUGUUACCAAGGCCUUUGGAUAUGGCGUCAAGACUUCUUUUCUUGUUGGAAUUAUGCUUGCUCAAAUCGGAGAGUUUGCUUUUGUUCUCUUAAGCCGUGCCUCUAAUCUUCAUCUUGUUGAGGGAAAGAUGUACCUUCUUUUGCUUGGAACAACGGCUCUCAGUCUGGUGACAACUCCUGUACUUUUCAGAUUGAUACCCGCUGUGAUGCAUUUAGGCGUAUUGAUGCAUUGGUUUCCGGCAGAAACCGCCCAACAAUCUCCUGAGCAGGAGAUGAGUUUGGUGAAUGAUUCAGCACAUAGCAAAAUGAGUGAACAACGAAACAGAGUGUUGUGAGGGUAACACAUACAUACCAAGUAAGUAGUAUACUAAGUCAGCAGGUACAUAUAAUAGAUGAAAAGGAGGUUUGGGCUUUCUCUGUGUAAUAUGUGUGCGCCACUCGCAUCACAUGACGGACAUCUACAUAGAUGCAUGCUGAAAAUACGCCAAUUUUGAUAGCCUCGAUUUGGUUUAAUGUAUUCUGAUGGUUUAUAAAUGAAUGAAUGAUUGUAUUAGUUGUCCUGUAACCAACUAUAUAUUCUUUACGUAGCGGAUGUAAUCGACCCUUAUUCGGCUUAUUGUUGUUCCAGAUCAUUUUCAACUAUAUAUGCUGAUUGCUUUGACUUAGAACAGUGAA